AUGUCUGAUAUGACCCCAAAUCCCAACUGGUUUCAUAGUGAUUUACUUAAAAUUUUUUAUGAACCUAACUGUCAUAAAUACCCUGUUCAAAGUGAAGGAUGCCUUGAGGAAAUUGAAAUAACACCUAAGCAUAAGAAAAACACAAAGCAAUUUAAAGAUUCUCAAAAAUUUAAAAAACUUGUUAAUGAGCUAUUGAAUGAUGUGACUGAAAGAAACAUGACACAUUCACAUUAUAAGUUGACUACACAGAACACAACAAAAUCGCAUCAUAAGACCAACACUAGAUUAACUACUAUAAAUUUUAAUGAUCUUAAUAAAAAAAUUUCAAUUGCUGAAGAAAAAAAUAAUAAAUCAAUUUAUGAGGUUCUUAAGCGUUACUAUGAUCUUGGGGAGUCUAUAGCACAAUCAUAUAAAACUUUUUAUAUGAUAUCACAUGAUGUAUAUAAUUCUAGACAGCAAGUUUAUCAGGAAUUCAUGCAGCAGCUAAAUAUUGAUACUUUAGACAGUGCUAUUAGAAAAAGAAAAGAAUGGGGUAAAAAGAUUUAUAGUCUCCUUAGUUGUUUUAAUACAAACGAUAAUGGAUCUAGAGGCAAAGAAAUGAUAAAUCGGAUUAGAUCUUUUUCUUUGUCAACUAUUUCAAAUUUAAGUUGGGAUAAUAUUAAUAUAGUGAAAGAAUAUAUUACCACUAGACUUAAUAUAAUUAAUAGACAUAAUAAUAUGACCUUUAAUUAUUAUCAUUACAUAUGA